GAAGCUAUGGGGCGGGCGAGGUCGCGCCAAAAAAACACGGUCUUGAGGGGAUUACGAUGAUUCCUGAGAGGGACGCGACCGUCGGUUCUACUUUUCUUUCAGUAGGAGGCAGCGAACAAGCGGCCAUUCGUAGAAACAAGCUGUCCCCUAGCGAUCUGUUUCGCUUUCGGUCUGUCUACGAACGUCAUGAUGACGUUUCUCGGAUAGAGGCUUAUUGCGACUUGCGAAGUCGCUCCCUCUGGAGAAAGAAACACGGCGCUAAGAUGUCGGCGAGUCGGGACGCUAUUCCUUACAAGGAACCCUCGGGGUCACUGGGUGCAUCAGGGUCGUCCAUAUCUACGCCGGUACGCAAGGAAGGUACAGGGCGUAAAACACGUUUGGAUGAGAGGUACGAAUUGAACAGCUCUGUACGGGACGAAAGAAAGAACAUCUGUCUCAUCGUCAACGUUGAAGCGUUUGACAAGCGUUCGUGUCGAAGUGGUGCCGCAGAAGAUACGAAGAAAGUAUGCGCUUUGUUCGCCGAACUUGGAUUCACAUGCAUGUUGGCCAAGGCCCCCUCCAAAGAAGAAGAAGACGGAGUCGUGAACUACACAGAGACCGGCCAGGAAGCCACAGAUAGACCUGGCAAUAGGCUUACGAGCAGCGACAUAGACAAGGCAAUAAAAGAUGUAAAGGAAAGGAUUGACCCCGAAUCCGAUAUCUUUGCUUUUUGGAUCAUGAGUCAUGGUAAGAAAGGCCACAUAGUCGGCAGUGACGAGAAAGAAGUAUCCCUGGACAGUAUCCUGCGGGAAUUUAGUGCAGCUAACUGCGAGAAGCUCAAAGGGAAACCGAAAUUGUUCUUCGUUCAGGCCUGUCAGAACACUGGUAGAGAAGCGGAUAUGUGCUGGAACUACGACAUUAAACUACCCGCUCACUUUUUUGUGGGGUUCGCCGCUCCUCCUGGAUAUGUGUCCUACCGAGAUCCCACAGAGGGAUCGCCCUACAUUACAGCCAUUGAUAAAGUUUUCAGAAGUUGUCUCGAGACAACAUGCAGUAGUGUGGACUUAACCAAGGUAAUGACCCAGGUGGGAAAAGAAGUAGCCCUGAAUUUCAGAGCAGAAGAGGAUGGUGAGGAAAGUGUACAGAUGCCCUGCUAUGUGUCUUCACUCGUCGGGAAAGUUUCUCUUUCCAAGUCGACUGUUUCAUAUUUAGCAGUACAGUGGUAGCAAUAAAUUGGCAUGUGACGCUCAUUGAGAAUAAGACUCACAUGCAAACUUCUCUGC